AUGUACCAGUCGACCGCGAUAUCUUCCUACUUCACCACGCAGGGCUAUCUCAUACCCAUCAUAUCCGUCCUCGCCGUCGCGAUCCUGCCCCGAGACAAGUUCACCCAGACCUUGGUCCUAAACGUGCUCUUCAUAUGCAUUGCAUCUGCCAUGUCCCUCCUGGCAGUCUGGUCUUCCGUCCAAGCGCGCCUCCAUACCUCCUCUCCAUCCUCUGCGCAGGGAGAGGUAAGCAUGCCGCUGCCGUAUAAUUCAUCCCAGUCGGCCGUCUGCGCCGUGUGGCUGUUCUUUAAUAUCUGGAUCGCGAACCUCAUACGGGCCAAGAUGCCUUCCUUCAAUCUACCCGUUGUCAUCUAUAGCAUCUUGGUCAAUACGAGCCUGACCGCAGGCCCUACCAUCGGCACGACGAUGGGAGCUACGCACUUUGUCAGGGAGUUGCUGUUGGCUAAUUUAUUUGGAAUGGGGUUGGCUGCGGGAGUCUGUUUCUUCAUCUUCCCUUUUGGCAGCCGCAUGAUUGUGAUGGGCGAAUUAAGACAGCUGAUCGGCUUGUUGAGAAAGAUGGUGCGCCUACAAGGCGACCAUCUUGCCGCCUUGGCACGAACAGAGGAGCGCACCACAGAGACGAUUUCGAAUCAUAAGGGGAAACAAGACGUCCCGCGUGAAAGGAAGAAAUCGCAGUCGAGGAAAAAGGUAACGGCAAGAGGCAAAGUCGAUCGCGGAGUUGCAACGACAGCCACUUGUCUGUCUGAGACGGUCGUGGAGAUUCGCCGCCUGGCUGGCAAGUUAUAUGGCGAUAUGGUCUUUGCAAAGAGAGAUAUGGCUUGGGGAAAACUCAACGCCACUGAUCUGGCGGAUAUAUUCACUCUCAUGUAUAACAUCACAAUUCCGUUAGUGUCGAUGAGCACGAGCAUGAGAAUCUUGAAGGGAGAUGACAAACCCAAUGGGCAGAGCGAGGAUAGAAGUUCAGAGACACAAGUACAGAAUCAAAUUGCUGAAAAAAUACACACGUCUUUCCAGCUCCUCGCAGAGCCAAUCGACCAGGGUCUCGAACAUGCCGGUAUCUGCCUGGAGAUCCUCCCCAAGUCGAAGAAGUCGCAGAAGAUGACACAAAGUGGAAACAGCCAUGGUAAUGUCGAUAUUGAGGGACGCGGUGGCCAGAUCUACCCAGGAGACAAACGCUUUGGUGUCGUCGUCAACACCAAGAUCGGCGAUAUAUAUACGCAAAUAGGUAGCGGCCUCCGAACUUGGCUUUGCGAGCGGCUGUCGAUGGCUGAAGACGAUGCCCUUGCGAACAAUCAGCCCCAGCUCUCGGCGAGUCUGUACUUGGAGCAGCUGAUGCUUGCUGCAGGCGAGGCAAUCCAAGGCCUCGUAGUCUUUGCCGACAAAAAGGUUGGCGAUGGCACAAUGAGGCACAAACAGCUGAUACUUCCUUCCAGACAUCUGCUGUGGAGAUGGCUGAAAAGUAUCGUGCGAAAAAGGGAGUCGGUUUCAACGCAGAACUCCGACGUCCUGGAAACUAAUGACGACUAUUACGGAGAUGGCUACUGGGAAAAGAAGAAUCCCGAGCGUCUUCCUCCCGCUGGAACCUGGCAGCACAUUGGAGUUGGACUAUGCAAGGUCUCCAACGUCCUGGGAUCCAGGGAAUCCGCCUUUGGAUUUAGAGUCGCCUGUGCCGCCAUGUCGGUAAGCAUAUUGGCCUUCCUGGAGAAGACCCAAAGCUUCUUCCAAGAGCAGAGAUUGUUAUGGGCCAUGCUCACAAUCACUCUGGGCAUGACAAUCACCUCUGGCCAGUCUAUUUUCGGCUUCUUCUGUCGAGUGGGCGGCACAUUUCUAGCUAUGGUUUCGUCACUCGCCAUAUGGUAUAUUCCAGACCAAAAGACGCCCGGCAUCAUUGUAUUCCUUUGGUUAUUCAUCUUUGUCGAAUACUACUUCAUCAAAUUUCCCCGGCUUGCAGCUCCCGUCAUAAUCACAGUUACGACUCAGCUUGUCAUUGUGGGCUAUGAGCUACAGGUGAGAACGCUCGGCGAAGCUGUAGCCACUCGUUCAGGGCAGCCGUAUUAUCCAAUAUACCUGCUAGGCCCCUACCGGCUCGCCGUCAUCGCUGGAGGAAGCCUCGUUGCUUUCUUUUGGACGUUUUUCCCUUGCGCCUUGACAGACCGGACUUGGCUCAGACGGGAUUUGUCAGCCGUCAUGUACUUACUUGGCAAUUACUUCAGUGUGCUAAGUUCGACAAUGGAAGCGCAACUCGAGGAGGGAGCUGGGACAGGCGAUUCAGAGACGGCAGCCGCCUGCCGCCUCGUGAAAGUUCGCCGCAAGAUUUUUGGUAAAGUCAUGCGUCUGAAUUCCUCUAUCGAAUCCCAUAUCAUGUGGCAACGAUGGGAGCCCAGCAUAGGCGGCAGUUUUCCAACCGAUGCGUACGAAGAGAUGUUUGAGCGCAACACUCGCAUCACGGGAUAUCUGAUGCUCAUGAGCUACGUUUUAGCAUCCGCAUCAUUGACAGAGCAGACCUACACCGACAAUGAUAGUACUGAACAACAGGCAGCGGGAGCUUCCGAUGCCGAGGCCGAAGCGGCGUGUAAACAUGGGAGGCAGCCAAACGUGAAAGUUCUGCAACAAAUAGAACUAACACAUCAUAUGGUCCUCUCAACACUGACUAUGUUGUCAAACGCAUUGCUUUCGGGUCAGAGAUUGCCGCCUUUCAUUCCAAUGCCUCGACAUUACGGGCCAGCAAAAGAUCGAAUGCUGCAGUCGGAAAUUGGCGCCAAGGGGGCAUCAAGAGGGGACGGUAACUCAAUGCGCUCCCACUUGUAUUCGGACAAGCACGGAAAUUUGGCCUUGAGGAUAAUAGAUCUCCGCGAACGACAUGAUCGCACCGUCCAGCGAUACAUCAGGAGUGACCGUCGAUCCCGAAGAGGCGAAGUCGGCGGUGCCAGAGGCGGCAGCUUCGGCAGCUCCAGAGUAAACGACCCGAUGACCACGAAACUUCGCGUCUACCUCUUAACACAAGUGUGCGGGGCGCUGGUGUGCGACGAACUCGAGGCUUUGGCGCGUGUCGUGGGUAGAUUAGUAAGUAUCGUGGACUUUGGCUCCUCCGUUACCUCUGGCAACGGGCACGUUGAUCUCGAGGAUGACACAGAGAACCUCGCCGCCGAGAAGCCAAUAUCAGAGCACAGUGCUGCUGCUUCGGCUACUUGA